AUGGGAGAGAAACAACAAUGGUCAAACGACCAUCUAAAAUGCUUAUUAGAGACUUGCAUUGAAGAGAUACACACGGUGGGUAGAAAAGGCUUGAGUUUGCAUAAAGACUCGUGGAAUAUAUUAGGAAAAGUUCUUAAGGAAAAGUUUGGCUUGGAUUUAACACAAAAACAAAUGAAGAAUGCAUAUGAUAAUCUAAAAGCCAAAUACGUAGGUUGGGUGUAUUUGAAAAACAAAACCGGCAACAUAUACAACCCUCAAACAAAUACUUUUAGCUUAACGAACGAGGAAUGGGAAGAAUUUAAGAAGGGGCAUCCGAAGGCUGCAUCAUUGAAGACAGUUCCAUUGCCUUUUCCAGAACUUUGUGCAGAAUUGUUUGAUGGAAAUACUGCCACUGGAAAUUGCAUCAUUGACAUUGUAUGCUUUUCGUUUAUGUUUUAG